AUCAUAAUCAAAUGAUAGCGCUGACAUACAGCACUUGGCUGAAGUGUGAAGCGCACGCAGUUACGCGUACCGCUUUUGUUUUAAAUUUCGGUGAUUACUGUUCGUGAUAAGUUAAUGCAAGUUUGAUAACUAUAGAAGGGUGUGGAAGGAACAAGGAGCCGGAAAGCAGAUGAUUUAGGACGUAAAUGACAUAGUGGACUAAAUCAAAAUGUUGGCGGCAUCUCUGAGCACGCUCACGCCGCGUAUACGGUUCAAUUUUUCUAAGCCAAAGAUAGAGAAUUUUGUAUUCAAAUUACACUAUAAACUUACUGUCACCAUACUCCUGGCUUUCGUUAUCUUGGUUUGCGGAAGGGAGUACUUUGGAGAACAUAUCAAAUGCAUUUCAGAUCAAGGAGUUCCUAAACAUGUUAUACAAACUUAUUGCUUCUUCAUGGCGACUUUUACAAUUGUCCGGCAUUACAACGAGAGUCUUCUUGAAGGCGGUUUCUUGCCUCACCCGGGUGUUGGUCCUAUUCUUGCCACGGAUGAAACAUUGCACCACACUUAUUACCAGUGGGUGCCUUUCGUACUCUUCAUCCAGUCAAUCUGCUUCUAUUUGCCACAUUACGUAUGGAAGAAGAAAGAAGGAGGUAGGAUAAAGGCACUCGUGGAUGGAUUGCAAUACGCAAGCUUAGCGUUAGCAGAGGAAGAUAUGAAAUUCGGCGCUACAACAGUACCUUCUAAAAAGACCAUAGAGAAUCGAAUUGAUGUCAUAAAGAAAGAUAUCAUACUAAGGUUACGUGUUAGCAGAACUUGGUCGACUUGGCUGGUGGCGAUGGAAGUGGUCAACUUGCUUCACGUUAUGUUCCAAAUUUGGAUGAUCAAUUUGUUCCUUAAUGGGAAAUUCAUCAGCUUAGGAGCGAGCGUGCUUCGAUACAAGGAAUGGAGUAUGAUUGCAGAUCCACUAGAGACGAUCUUCCCCAAGGUCACGAAGUGCACGUUCCAUAAAUUUGGUCCCAGUGGCUCGAUCCAGCAGCACGAUGCACUCUGCGUGAUGGCUCUCAAUAUCAUCCACGAGAAGAUAUACGUCGUACUUUGGUUCUGGUUGUUGUUCCUCUUUAUCGCUUCUGCGCUCGCUGUUAUUUGGCGUAUAAUUUCGUUCUUCUUGUAUCGUCGUUCACUAAGAUUCAACGAGCUGUUGCUACGUCAUGCCUCGCAUAGAAAAUUCAAUCCUUACAAUGUGAUACAAGUAGUAAACGGCUGUAAAUUUGCAGAUUGGCUCUUCUUAUAUUAUCUCGCAAAGAAUAUGAAAGGAAUUGUCUUCCAGCAAUUGUUUGAGCGCUUAGCAGAGGAGUUGCAGAAAAGAGACAUGCCAUUUGAUCAAAAUGGCCACGAGGAAAAAGGUGCAGAACCAGUACUUUUAGGAAAAGUUGAUUAUGCAGAUGAAACACUCCCUUUGAAACAAGACUUAAAGGAGAAAUCCAAUUAAAAUUGUAACUUAACUAAGCUGUGAUAGCGAAAUACGAUAUAACUCAUUUUGUGAUCAGCUUUUGUAGCGAUGCUCAAAUCUUAAAUUUUACGAAAUUUUACACGACAUUUAUAACAGAGAUUUUCAGUGGCAUAAUGCGAGAUUCUUGAAAAGACAAUAAUAUUAUGUAAAUAUUUAAAAAUUACUUUAAGAUUUUGUUCAAACAAGAAUCCUUCUCCGUAAAGACAUGAACAAAAUGAUAUUCAAAAUGUCUUUAUUACAAAAUCUUUAAUAAAAUUAUAGAUUGUAAGGUAGGUAGAGUAAGUUAUAACGAACCAGGGUAUUGAAAAGACAAUCAACCUCAGUUUUUCAGCCAUAUGGUCGGCCUUAUAGUUGACCUUAAAAGUUAAAAAAAAAAAAACAAUUCGUUAAUAGCUUCAUUGAUGUUUGCACACAUAAAAUUGAGUAAAGAAUACAUCGAGCUGACGUUGAUGAAACACCAA